AUGAAAAAUGAAAUUUCGUUUCAAAUAAAGAUGAAAUUCGACAUUAAUUUAUCCGUUCCGCAUAUUGAAAAUGGAUUAAAAAACGCAGCAGAUAGUAUUGCACAAGGAAUAACAACAGGGUCUACACAUGUCAGUAGUGGCGCCACUAGUGUUGGUGUUGGGGUUACAAGUCUCGGUGACGGUGCCAGAAUAAUUGGUUACGACCAGCAAAAGAAAUCCAUUACCGUUCUGAACCAUCGUCAAACAUUAAUCAACCAAACCAACAAUUCUAAGAAGAAUAGUAGAACGAAAUCUAUUAUUAAUAUGAAGACUGGUUGUAUUUAA